AUGACACACUCCAAGCCCUUCCCCUCGCUAUUAGUCUUUGGGCCCCAGGCUGGGUUCCCGUCACAGGAAGUCCUAGAAGACUUGCGUCAGGAGCUCAUUGGCAACCCUCAGUUAUCCGCCCUCGCCAGUGCAGCGGCAGAACUCCCCCAAUUUUGGGAGACCCUUGUAGAAUUCGAUGACAGUCUACAGCUGCUGCCUGGCCCCAAGUACCUUAAUGAACUCAAGCAGUGGGUCAAGGAAGGCGGCCCCUUUCCCAAUCACAAUAUCUCACCAAACCUCUAUGCUUUACCAGCCACUAUCCUUCUCCAGAUCAGCCAGUACGCGCGCUACCUUAGACAACUUGGUAAUGGCUCUCAUCAUCAGGUCCUUGAAAGCGUCAGCGCUGCAGGAGUCCAAGGAUUCUGUGUUGGCUUCAUCAGUGCUACUAUCGUGGCUAGUUCGAAAACUGAAGCUGAUAUUGGUCCCAUUGCUGCCGCAGGGCUUCGUCUUGCCCUGUGCAUAGGAGCAUAUGUUGACUUGGAUCAAAUCAACGAAUAUAUUGACGGGUUUGCAUGUGUCGCGAUCCGUUGGAGGGAAGGCAAUGCUGAAGAGAAAGCCAAGAUCGAUACCAUCAUACAAUCAUAUCCUGAGUCUUAUGGCCCAUUAUCAACUAAUGGCCUUCCGAACGGAUCAAAGCCGUUUGAUGAAUAUCCUUCUCAUUCCAUCGCCAUCGUCGGCAUGUCUGGCAGAUUCCCUGACGCGGACUCACUCGACGAGCUCUGGGAACUGAUACUCGAAGGUAAAUCAACGGCCAAGCCCGCGCCUGUUGAGCGACUCCAACUACCACAGACAGGGGAUUACGCAAACACAAAGUGGUGGGGAAAUUUCCUUCGAGAUCCAGAAGCUUUCGACCACCGCUUCUUCAAGAAGUCAUCCCGAGAGGCCGUUGCUUGGGAUCCACAACAGAGAAUCCUUCUCGAGGUCGUAUACGAGGCAUUAGAAUCGGCAGGUUAUUUCAGGCCGUCGCCUGAGACGGAGACUGAUGACUAUGGCUGUUACAUGGGGGCGGUCAUGAACAAUUAUUACGACAACAUUUCUUGUCAUCCAGCCACCGCAUAUGCCACACUUGGAACUUCGAGAUGCUUCAUAAGCGGUUGCAUGAGCCAUUAUUUCGGGUGGACCGGUCCAUCACUGACGAUCGAUACCGCCUGCUCAUCGUCGCUCGUGGCCAUCAACACAGCCUGUCGGGCCAUAUGGUCCGGCGAAUGUUCUCGAGCUGUCGCCGGUGGUACCAACGUGAUCUGCAGUCCAUUCGAUUACCAAAAUUUACACGCAGCCGGAUUUCUCAGUCCAACUGGGCAAUGCAAACCAUUUGACGCUGGCGCCGAUGGGUAUUGCCGAGGCGAAGGUGUCGGGGUAGUAGUUCUCAAACGGCUUUCUGAUGCCAUCAAAGAGAAUGACAACAUCCUUGGUGUUAUCGUCGGAUCCGCAGCGAAUCAGAAUCAUAACGAAAGCCACAUCACAGUGCCACACUCGGGUUCGCAGGUUGACUUGUAUCAGAAAGUGAUGCAGCUCGGUAAUGUGAGACCAGAGUCCGUAUCGUAUGUCGAGACACACGGAACCGGAACCGGUGUUGGAGAUCCAGUUGAGGUCCGCAGUGUCCGGGAUGCCUUCGGUGGGCCUCAUAGAGAUUCUAUCCUCCACUUUGCUUCCAUUAAGGGGAACAUUGGCCACACGGAAGCUACGGCCGGUGUCGCAGGUCUGAUCAAAGUCCUCCUCAUGAUGAAGCAUGGAAAGAUACCCCAACAAGCCAGCCAUAAGACGAUAAACCCUAAGAUUCCACCGUUCGAUCAAUAUCAAAUGGCUAUACCCAAGAGUACUCUACCUUGGGAUCCCCCGACACGUCUAGCGUUGGUAAACAGCUACGGUGCGGCUGGCAGCAACUCGGCUGUGAUGAUCCGUGAGUGGCAAUCGCCAGAUAUUACCACCGCACCAGUACAACUAUCGAGAUAUCCACUCUUCCUCUCCGCUGGAUCCACCAACAGCCUCUCCAUGUAUAGCAAGAAGUUACUCGGUUGGCUGAAAGAAGCCAAGACCGGGAAUGAUAAUCUCCUAGCGUCGCUUACAUUCAAUCUCGCUGAUCGCGCAAACCACACUCUACCGUACAAUCUUUCAACAUCCGUAUCCAGCAUUCAGGAUCUCGAGUCGAAGCUUGAAGCCGCAUCGUCCGGCUCUGGCAUAAAUACGGCCGACAGCCCCAAGCCUGUGGUUCUUGUAUUCGGGGGCCAAGAGAGCGAGUUUGUUGGCCUAUCUCGAGACAUAUACGAGUCUUCCAAAGUGUUCCGUAAUCAUCUCGAUCGUUGCGAUGAAAUUCUAGUCUCUAGGGGACUGGAGAGCCUGUACCCAGCCAUAUUCAGUCAAGAACCCAUAGAGAGCCUUACCCUAUUGCAUUCUGCUCUUUUUGCUGUUCAAUAUGCGUCCGCCAAGGCGUGGAUGGAUUGCGGCCUGAAGGUCGGCGGAGUAAUUGGGCAUAGUUUUGGCCAGCUGACUGCGUUUUGUGUUGCUGGUUCGCUCUCUCUCCACGAUGCAUUGACGUUGGUGGUAGGGAGGGCGUCUCUGAUGCAAAAGUACUGGGGUCCUGAACAGGGGUCCAUGAUAUUUUUGCAGGCAGACCGCGCAACUGUAGACCAAGUUCUUCAGUUGCAGAAGGCUCAGAACAGCGACUUCUAUGCUGAGAUCGCAUGUUAUAACGGACCAAAGAGCCAUGUGGUGGUUGGCUCUUCCGACGCAGUCAAUUCCUUGGAGCAGUACAUUGCUAAUACACCAUCCCUUCGCGAUUCAGUACGCACCAAAAGACUAAAGGUCACGCAUGGUUUCCACUCCAAAUUCACCGAGCCCAUGCUAUCUCAUCUCACGGCUCUGUCUAAGCAGUUAGAUUGGAGACGUCCCACUUUGCACCUUGAAACCUGCACUGAUGUUGAAAGCAUCACCGAGCCUGACUUCAGUAUCGUAUCGGCGCAUACGAGAUUCCCUGUGUUCUUCCAACAAGCCGUCGAGAGACUCACCAAGAGAUUCUCUCAGAUCACCUGGCUCGAGGCCGGGCGUGGCUCUUCGGUGAUUCAACUCACCAAGGGUUCAGUGCCAAAUUCACAAGGACACACAUUCGUGUCACCACAGCUCGCUUCUUCCAAUGGACAAGGGUCUCUCACCGACGUGACCACUGAUCUCUGGAAAUCAGGGUACGAUGUGCAGUACUGGGCUUUCCACCGGAGUCAAAAGUCAGCAUACGAAAACCUGAGCCUGCCGCCGUAUCAAUUCGAGAAGACAAGACAUUGGCUUCCAUAUAUAGGCAGAGCACCUCAGGAGGAAGUGAAAAGAGAAGCAGUGGUGGAAGAGACACAUGAACUUCUCUCUUUCAUACGAUUCAGUGACAAAUCCGAAAAGGAAGCGUUAUUUAAAAUUGAUCCUCAUUCCGAUCGUUUCCAGGCUAUGCUCGGUGGUCACGUCAUGGCUGAUCAGGCACUUGCCCCGGCCUCUCUCUACUUCGAGGUGGUGGCUCGCGCAGCCUUAUUCCUUCAGAAGGAUACUGACGGAAAGGAAUAUGUGCCUACCGUGGACGACCUAUUUAUGAAAGCUCCAAUCGGCCAUGAUACCUCGACGGAGAUCACGCUCAUAUUAAGGCGUCUGGAAAAAGCGCAUCCGUCAUGGUCAUUUUCCAUCACUACCAAGUCUAGCACGCGUCAAAAUGCAGGGCCACAGGAACAAACUACCGGGCAAGUAUCUCUCAAGAAGCGUAGUGAUGCGCAAGCAGCCCGCGAAUUCAAGCGAUUCGAAUCGUUACUAGGUCGACGUCGAUAUCAGGAGAUCAUGAACCAUCCCGAUGCCGAGAAGAUGAGAGGAAACCACAUUUAUCGUGCUUUUAGCACUGUUGUCCACUACGGCGAAGCGUUCAGCGGCAUAAAGGAGGUUGCCUGUGUACGACAUGAAGCCGCUGGGAAGGUAAUUAUUACUCCGGACGUGGCGGCUCCAGCGGACCAGCGCCUCUGCGAUACUCCCAUGACCGACAGCUUCAUGCAAUUUGCAGGGUUCCUGGUAAAUUAUUUCAACAAUCCGAGUCUCGAAGACGUCUUCGUCUGCAUGAAAAUCGAUCACAUCGAGAUGGGUGGAAACUUCAAUCCCGACGCGAAAGAGUGGAUACUUUGCUCCAACAUGAGUGAGGGUGGCGAGACUGACAUAUCGUCGGAUGUUUACGUCUUCGAGGCUGGAACUGGGAAUAUGGUCAUGGCGACUUUUGGUCUCCGCUUCUCAAAAAUGCCCCAGGCCCUACUUGCAAAGAUAUUGAAGAAUGUCAACCAACCAGGGGCCUCAAGCGCGAAAGCUCAUAAGCCAGCGACCCAGACUGUCGAAAAGGAGGGCCCUGUCGUCUCGGGCUUGCCAUCCACAUCGGCUCCAAAGCCGGCAAGUAAGCGACAGGAAGUCCUUCAAAUCUUAUCAGACAUUACGGACUUUCCGCUCGAAGAGCUUAAUGGGGAUUCCACACUAGACGAUCUCGGAAUCGACUCGCUGAUGGCAACCGAAGUUCUUAACGACAUUCGGUCGAUCUUAGGUCUAACGAUUGAUCUGACCACCUUCUUAUUCUUCCCCAACAUCCAAGCUCUCGUGACUCAUGUCGACGACAAUCUAGGAGUAGGUAGUGACGAUGGCAACCUAGAUACGCCACCUUCCCCAUCUGUAGAUCAUGAUACAGAUGAUGUAGGUGGUCCCAAGGAAGUUGAAGUCGUUGCACCAGAGCCUACGGAAAAUGUCAAUCGGCCUACCAUCAUUUCUGCCUUCAACGCUUUUGAGGAGGCGAGGCUUGGAUACGAUCAACUCGCAGAGGUUACCAAAGCUGUCGGUUUCUGGUCUGAAGCCUACCCGUCACAAGCCAGACUUGUACUGGCCUAUGUGAGAGAGGCAUUCGCCAAACUCGGGUGUGACUUGACCAAGAUUCAGCCAGGCGACCCUGUCCCUCAGAUUAAAGCGCUAGACAAGCACAAACAGCUGGUGCAACAAUUCUACCGUGUUCUUGAGGACGGAAAACUUAUUUCGUCGACGAACCGAGGUUUCGUUCGAAGUGAUACUCCUGUUGACGAAACCCCUGCUGAAUCCAUCUAUCAGCAGCUCAUUGGUCUUCAUCCUCAGCACGACGAUGUCAAUAAAUUAGUUAGAGCAGUUGGAUCUCAGAUGGCUGCAUGCUUGACUGGUGAACAAGAUGGUUUACAGAUUGUUUUCGGGAAUAGAGAAACGAAAAAGACGUUGGAGGCCAUGUAUGAAUUCUGGCCUCUCCUCCGAACACCCACUCUUGUCCUUGGCGAUUUCUUGCUAAAAGCCUUGACCAACACCACCGGCGGCGGAAAAGUUCGCAUCCUCGAAGUAGGCGCCGGGACUGGUGGGACAACUCGGUACAUCGUCAACCAUCUCAGGAAUCACGGCAUUCCUUUUGAAUAUGUCUUCACGGACAUCUCGUCCUCACUCGUAGCGGCGGCGAAAAAACAGUUCAAAGGUGUUGACGGCAUGUCCUUCGAAAUUCUCGAUAUCGAGAAGCCAGUCAAACCGGAAUACGAGGAAGCGUUCCACUGCAUCAUCGCGACUAACUGCAUCCACGCAACAAGAAAUCUUGACCUAUCCCUCUCUCAUCUACGCAAGAUGAUUCGCGAAGACGGAGCGUUGACCCUAGUUGAAAUCACGCAGAAUAUGUUCUGGCUCGACAUUGUGGUCGGCCUUUUCGAAGGCUGGUGGUUAUUUGAAGACGGUCGCACGCACGCUUUGAUCGACGAAAGGCGCUGGGAGCGUAUUAUGAAAAAGGCAGGAUUUGCCGAGGUCCUAUGGUCGGAUGGUGAUACGCCUGAGUCCAAAACAGUACGCGUUAUUGGGGCGUUUCCACGCGGAGACCCAGCUCAGGUCAAUGGCGUGGUGCCAUUAAAGAAGGCCCCGAAAGCCUCUUUAGAGACGGUCGUCUAUAAGAAGAUAGGGAACCAAGAGAUUCACGCCGAUAUAUACUAUCCUUUAGAAGGGGAGUAUCCAAAUAAGAUUCCUGUCGCUUUGAUGAUUCACGGCGGCAGUCAUAUCAUCUUCUCCAGGAAAGACAUUCGACCGGCUCAGACUCGUCUCCUACUCGAGAUGGGUUUCCUACCGGUGAGCUUAGAUCAUCGGCUUUGUCCCGAGGUGAGCCUUUCCGAGGGGCCGAUGGUGGAUGUCUGCGACGCCCUCGACUGGGCUCGUCAUACAUUGCCAAACAUCAAGUCUCGCCGGCCGGGAUUGGAGAUCGACGGUGAAAGGGUUGUAGUGGUUGGAUGGUCAUCUGGAGGGCAGCUCGCCAUGUCACUGGCGUGGACAGCCCCUCAAAGAGGGCUACGGCCUCCGGAAGCUAUCCUCGCAUUCUACUGUCCCACCCACUACGAGGACGAAUGGUGGAGACACCCGAUCCAGCCCAUCGGCGCGGAAGACAAGGGUUUCGAGUACAACAUACUCGACGCUAUCCAAGACGAGCCCAUAACCAACUACGGCGUGGUCGGCGCGUGGGAGCCGCUUUCCGAUCCUCGCAUCCUGACAGACCCUCGGUGUCGCAUCGUGCUUCACAUCAAUUGGAAAGCGCAGACGCUUCCCGUCAUCAUCGGCGGGCUUCCUAGCAAGCGCAAAGCCGCUCAGUACCCUGAUGUCAAGGACUGGAAUAAUCUUCCGCAGCCCAGCCUAGAGAAGAUCGUGGCCGCCAGCCCCCGCGCGCAGAUUCGCCAAGGCAACUAUCGAACGCCCACUUUCCUGAUUCACGGCACAGCCGAUGAUUUGAUACCGUGGCAGCAGAGCCAGGGCACGUACGAAGCCUUGGUUGACAGAAACAUCGAGACCGAGUUAGUUCUAGUCGAAGGGGCUCCACAUAUCUGCGAUCUGAGCAGCGAUCCUAACUCCGAGGGUUGGAAAGCCACUCUGAAGGGAUACCAGUUCCUUAGCUCGUACGUGUUCUAGUUAAAUGAGAAAUGAUUGUGAGAGCGAGCUCGAAGAUAGGUGGACUUGGGAACAGUUUUGAAUAGAAUUUCAGAGGAAUAAUAUGAAUGAGUGCAUCUACCCACUUCGAUUUCUAGAUGGACUAUUAUGUGAAUGCAGAGCAAGCUUUUCAAGAUGUUACAGUCCAUGAGGUGUGUCAAUUUCAAGUUCACUGUAGAUUAUCUCAUCGCCCAUAGAUUUAAGAUCGCGGGGAUGUGGGGGGUUGCUGAUGGUACGUAGAGGUACGACUCUGUUGUUGACCCGUGAAUUUGAG